AUGGCUUUAAAGGAUAAUUCUAAAGAUUCAACAGCUUCAAAAGUGAUUGCAGAUCGUUCAACUUCCGUACCCUUGUCGGAGUACGCAAAAAAUCUCGAUUCUGAUGUUUACAAGCGAUAUUUUGACAAAGUUCUGUGCAUUGGAAUCGACUCAGGACUGCUGAAGGGAAAAGCCUCCGAGCCGGAAUGUCUUCCUCCCGCUCUUUCCUCCAGCCCACCUUCCCAAUCUGUAACGAACGGUAUGAGUCCUGAACAGGAGGAUCCACAAGUUGAAACCGUUUCUAUACAUGAAGGGGAUGCUACUGUUCUGGCCGAUACACAGAGUCCCAAUACAGAGGAUGCCCAAGUUAACAUCGAUUCUAUACCUAAGGGGGACGCUACUGUUCUGGCCGAUACACAGAGUCCAAAUGAAGACGAUGCCCAAGUUAAAAUCGAUUCUAUACCUGAGGGGGACGCUACUGUUCUGGCCGAUACACAGAGUCCCAAUAGAGAGGAUGCCCAAGUUAACAUCGAUUCUAUACCUAAGGGGGAUGCUACUGUUCUGGCCGAUACAAAGACUCCCAAUAGAGAGGAUGCCCAAGUUAACAUCGAUUCUAUACCUGAGGGGGACGCUACUGUUCUGGCGGAUACGCAGAAUUGUGAAAAAGAAGAUACCCAAGUUGACAUCGAUUCUAAAUAUGAGAGGGGUGCUACCGUUCUUCUUGAACAGCAUAUAGAAACUCCAUCUCCGGAGCAGGAAAGCCUUCGAAAUAACACAGUCCAUCAGAGCCUGACCUUUGAACUGAAUCCCUCAGCCAAGGAAUUUGUUCCUGCAUUGCAGAUUGCAGAGAAAGAGGAUCCCCAAGUUGACUCACAGGUUGAAACUCAUUCUAUCACUAAGGAGGAAGCUACUGUUCUUCAUGAACAGGAUAUGAAAACACUGGCUGUGGAGCAGGAAAGCCCACGAAAUACCACAAUCAGUCAGAUCCUGAACUCGCAACUGAAUCCCUUAGCCGAGGAAUUUGUUCCCGUAUCGCAGAAGACGACUUUUGUGCAAGAGGGUGCACCAGUAAAUAAGAGUGGUAGGGAACCUCGUGCUCGGGCUCGCCGACGAAGAAAGUCAAGUGGUCCUCCGCAAAUGCUGGGGGUCGAGUCGCCUGAUUGGCUGCCAUUCGCACUUAGCCGCAAAUGUCUCACUGUUCCGCCUAACUAUCGUUCGGGCAGGAACUCAAGACAUUCCUAA